AUGGUUACCGUUGCCAUGGUUACUGUUACUAUGGUUAUCAAGGUGGUUACCAUGGUAACCGUUGUUAUAAUAACUGUCAAAAUGAAUAAAUUUAUUCUUUUGCAUGAAGUUCGCGGUCCAGAGUCAUUUACGGCUUUAAGAACUAUAAAAGAUGUUAUCUAUCCUACAUUUCAAGAAGCUUGCAGAGUAAUGGGAUUGCUCGAAGACGAUGCUCAUUGGGAUCAAACUUUAGCAGAAGUCUCAAUUUCUGAUUCAUCUUACAAAAUACGUGAAUUGUUUGCUGUUAUGUUAGUUUUUUGCCAAGUUGGAGAUCCGAUUAAAUUAUGGGAUAAAUAUCGAGAUAAUUUCACGGACGAUAUUAUAAGACGAAUGAGUAGGAAUCGCGAAAACUCUGAGUUAGAUGUUGAUAUUGUUUACAAUCAAUGUUUGAUUAAUCUUAAAGAUAUGGUCAUUGCUAUGUCAGUUAACCGAAGAAGUGAUAAAAAGUGUUCCGAUACUGAAAAAGAACAGAAAGAAGCAUAUGAAUCUAUAUUGAAUAGUGUCGUUUCUGAUUCUGGACGAUUGUUCUUCCUUGAUGCUCCUGGUGGAACGGGAAAAACAUUCUUGAUUAAUUUGUUGCUUGCGAAAAUUAGAAGUGAAAAAAGUAUUGCUAUUGCUGUUGCUUCUUCAGGAAUUGCGGCUACUUUAAUUGACGGAGGCAAAACAGCUCACUCGACAUUUAAAUUACCUCUUGAAAUGAAUCAUUCUGAUAAUAUUCUAUGCAAUAUUUCUAAGCAGAGUUAUAGGGCUCACGUUAUCAGAGAAGCAAAACUGAUAGUAUGGGAUGAAUGCACUAUGGCUCACAAAAAUGCUAUUGAAGCUCUCAACAGAACUCUUAAGGAUAUAAGAAAUAGUGACCGAAUAAUGGGUGGAAUAACUGUUGUUUUAGCUGGUGACUUCAGACAAACUUUACCUGUUGUACCACGAGGUACACGUGCAGAUGAAGUCGAAGCCUGUCUCAAAUCCUCAGUUUUAUGGCCUCAUGUUAACGUACUGUCUUUGAAAAUUAAUAUGCGCGUUCAUAUACAACAUGAUUUGAGAGCAGAAGAAUUUUCAAAGUUACUCAUUGAUAUAGGGAAUGGACAAAUUUCAGAAGUUGACGGACGAAUAAGUAUUCCGGAUAACCUAGGUGAUAUUGUUGAUGAUUUAACUACAUUAACUGAUAAAAUAUACCCAGAUAUCAAUAAAAUUGGAGUUAAUUGCUCUUCAUGGCUAAAAGAAAGAGCUAUUCUGACUCCAACGAAUGAUUCAGCGAAUAGCAUUAACAACUAUCUUAUAGAAAAGCUAUCAACUAAUCAAAUGAAGUAUAAAUCUAUUGACACAGUCGUAGAAGUUGAUGAUGCUGUCCAUUAUCCUGUCGAGUUCUUACAUACACUCAAUCCACCCGGAAUACCAUCUCAUAUUCUCAAUCUUAAAAUUGGAGCACCAAUAAUGUUACUGCGCAAUUUGAAUCCUCCAAAACUAUGUAACGGUACCAGGCUACAAGUGAAAAAUUUACAUAGAAAUAUUAUUGAAGCUACAAUUUUAACAGGUAAACAUGAAGGAGAAGUCGUAUUUAUUCCAAGAAUUCCUAUGGUUCCAUCUGACUACCAUUUCAACUUCAAACGUCUACAAUUUCCUGUUAGGGUUUGCUAUGCUAUGACUAUCAAUAAAGCGCAGGGGCAGAGUUUAAAAUUAGCUGGUGUAGAUUUGAGACAUGAUUGUUUUUCUCAUGGUCAGUUUUACGUGGCAUGCUCAAGAGUCAGUUCACCGGACAACUUGAUUAUUCUUCAACUAGAAAAAAAGACGAAAAACAUUGUUUACAAGGAAGUUUUAAGUUUGUAA